GGAACGCAGUCGUAACUUUAGGUUUCAAUGAAGCAGUCGUUGUAGAGGGGCCAGUAAAGUAUAAGUUGUGGUCGACAUUAAGCUGUUCUAACUGCUAUUUGAGUUAGAGAGUAUACGAGCAGUGCGAGGGAAGACUGUUAGCGCGAUUUCUCGGUCCCCGUGGUGACAUCUCAUCACUCACGUCCUUCCAUGACAACCUCACUUUGAUUGACAGCUUGAAUGGCAAAAAGCCACGAGACACGACAGUUUUGUUACAGGGCUGUUGUUGAUGGGCCGACAUAGGUUUCCUUCUGUUAGCUGACACAUUUCUGUAAGCUUAGAAAGUCCCCGGCCUGUUCAAAUUGUACUGGCGGAGGUGAAUAGACGAGUGGAGUGGGGUUUUUUUUGUAGUCGAGGCGCGAAUCACUGACGAUUUAAGCAGUCAUUAACAGGAUCGGCCAAGUCAGAUGAUGGCUCAGAGGUUCGACGAUGGUCUACCGCAUUAUGGUCCCGGCAUGGACGAUAACAUGUACAACCCACACGCACCAAGGUCCUCGGCACACUACUCACAUACACAGCCCGCACUACCACCGCACUUGAACCACGGGGCGAGCGUCGGCCAUCCAACGGCCUAUCAUCACCACAGCCACACGAAUCUCAUGCCUAGCGUAGUAACGCCGAACACAGUUACAGACAUCCACAAACGAGAUAAAGACUCGAUAUACGGGCAUCCGCUGUUUCCUUUACUUGCACUGGUCUUUGAAAAAUGUGAACUGGCUACAUGUACGCCUCGGGAACCAGGGGUUGCUGGAGGGGACGUGUGUUCAUCGGAGUCUUUUAAUGAAGAUAUUUCGGUCUUCGCCAAACAGGUGCAGGCGAGAGGCGACAAACAAUUUUUCUCGUCAAAUCAAGAACUGGAUAGUUUGAUGAUAUUAGCAAUACAGGUCCUACGUUUCCACCUCCUAGAACUCGAAAAGGUACACGAGCUGUGCGAUAAUUUCUGCCAUCGUUACAUCAAUUGCUUGAAAGGGAAAAUGCCAAUUGAUCUGGUUAUCGAAGACCGGGAAAACAUCGGCAGCAGGUCACCUAAUCCACUCCGACCAUCCGAAAAUCAUAAGGACCCAAUGCAUUCAUCGGAGCAGCAGCAUUCGCAGUCGUACGACCACCCGGAUGAUGCGCAGUCAACAAGGUCAGACACCCCCAUCCCGCCAAUAUCGCAACCGUUGAUUCAUACACCUCCUGACAACAACAGUGAAACAGAUGGUGGGGUGGAUAACAGUAUCGGAUCAGGGGACGGUACAGGCGAAGAAGACAACGACGAAAGUAGUAAAAGACAGAAGAAACGAGGGAUAUUUCCAAAAGCAGCUACCAAUAUUAUGAGGGCGUGGCUCUUCCAGCAUCUUACGCACCCCUACCCUUCAGAAGAACAGAAAAAACAAUUAGCCCAAGAUACUGGUCUAACUAUUCUGCAAGUCAAUAACUGGUUUAUAAAUGCUAGGCGGCGUAUUGUGCAGCCCAUGAUCGACCAAUCAAAUCGAGCAGGCAAGUCACCUGUAGUAACUGUUUUCAAGUCACGGAGGCGUAAGUCAUCAUCUAGUCAGUCACCUGGGGGUCCCUCACCUGUGGGUGCAGCGGGUGCGCCGACGUACAGUCCCGAAAGUCAAGGUUUAGGUGGUUACAUGAUGGAUACACCGCAGCCUAUGCAUCUUCGCCAACCUGGAACGCAGGGCAUGCCGACAGAUAUGAUGUCACAGUCAAUGUCAAUGUCAAUGCCGAUGUCAGGAGGGGGAGCACCCACUUAUUCCCACUCUCAGAUGUCCCACCACCAGCUUCAUCCGCAGGUGCAUUCGCAAGCCAUGUUAAUACCCGGUCACCCCCACGCCAUGAUGAUGGCGCAUCCAACCCACCACCCUCACGGAAUGUCCGGUCUUCAAUCAGCUCAGAGUCCGCCUUCAUUAAUGAACCCAGGGGAUAUGAACUCACAACAACCCGUCAUGGAUAUACACACUAAUUAACACAGGACGGCUUUAUUACAAUUCAAUGAUUAUCACCGUGCCAAUGCUUUCAGUGUUUUUUUUUUUAUUUAAUCAAGAUUUUAUGCAGAUCAGCCUCACUUAAUUUGAAUAUGCGCCGUUUCAGACAAAAAUUUACAUCUGUAACCGGUAGUGUCAGGCUUUCACUCACAUUUAAACUCUUUCCCCCCCCCUCCCUAUAAAGUGGAUCAAACCACCCAACCUAUAAAGCAAGUGAAAGUUCUGAGACUGUACCAAAAUUACAAGGAAUACAGGGUGGGAGGCUCGAGCUGCAGAAGCCAACAAAAUAAAAAUAAAAAACAAACUGAAAACAUUGGCUCGGUAUAAUCCAUGUACAUAUACUUUGUGCUGCAUUCUGUAGGUAGCUUCAAGCAUACAGUGAACAAAUCAACAAGACAAUGACGCAACAGUGCAAAGUUUGAUUGCAAGGUUACGCUUUCCCAUUCAUUCGGGAAAUCAAACAGGUUUAGAGCCAAAGAUCGCCGCAUUUUAUUGAAAUGUACAAUAAACUUUAUUCUGAGUGUCUUGGAUGCUCUCUUGUGUGUAUUAACAAACAAACAAACACCCACCUACUUGUGUUAUUGUAUAGCUGUACAGUUUGUUGAUUGGAGUAUAGACCCUGUGAGGGGAAACAAACUUUCGAAAUAAGGGUAUUUUUGUCCAGUUCUUUGAUAUAAAAGGAAUGGAUCCAACAAUUAAUAAUACAUUGCUAGGGUAUUUUUUUGGAAAACCAUUUCAUGUGCUUCAAAUGUUUAUUUUUGCUGUAAAAUUAGUAACACACAAUCCUUCUGAUGUUCAUUCUGAAUGACAAGGAAAUAGUUUUGUCAUUGUAUUUCUGCUUUGCAAAAAUGGAUUCUGAUUGACUGAAAAAGCUGCGUUUAUCCAUCCCACCUGUGUAAUGUACAUUCAAGAAGCAUUCCCCCUCCAAUGAAAAGACAAGAGUUGUUCAAUCAAUUUUUCUGACGAGUACAUGUACAAAUGUUUUUGUUUCGAAGCCCUGAUAAUUAUAAAGUACUUUGAAUAAAGUAUUUUAAAAGUAAUAUAAAGUACUUUCAAUAUGCCAAAAAUCCAUGGCAGGGUAAUUUUAACUGAAAAAAGGCCAGUUUUUGUCUUUCUGAUGGGGCGGGGGUUUAACUAAAUUAACAAAUUGAUCAUUUUUUAUGUAAAUUGUUUAGUAGUAGAUAUUCUGUGUCAUAUUAGAUUAUUCAGUGUCCUGUAUUUUUGUGCAUUUUUUGUAUUGACAAAAAGUACAAGUCUCUUUUUGUUUAUCUAUGUUUUUGUUUGUUUACAUCUCUUUAGUAACUGAGCAACAGUCUAUGCAGGAAUAAAAACAACUGCUAGGUAUAUUUUUCUUUGCUCCACUAAUGGAAACCUGGCAUGGAAUGGUGUGUAUCACAUCUGAAGACCGAAUUCAAAUUCAUCUAAAAACAAAGAUAAAUUUGUCUUGCUUAAUUCAUUCAAAUGAUUGACCCUUGAACAAUAGUACCUAAACUUUUAUCUAUUCUUGGGAUGAAUAUCUGCAGUUUGCAUCUUAAUUUUGAAUAGUUCAAGGUUUAAAGUUCACAGGGUCAAAAGUAAACUAGUUCCCAAAUUUGUCAGGUCAUUAGAUUUGUAAAAUUAAUUUUUGAAAUCGUUUUUUUUUUCCUUUAAAUGAGCAGCCAGUUGACAUUUCUUGAAAUCCUUAAUUUUCAAGACUGAUCAGUAAAUUUCUUCUCACAAUUUAUCAGAUAAAAUUUUAAACUUUGAAUUCACAGACUCAUAAUUUUGAUUACAUGUAAAAUAAACGUAAAAUGAGUCGAAAAGUGCAAUCUGUCACCACUAACUCGUACUUUUCAAAACUGCCAAAAUCUUUCUUUAAAAAAAUCAAUAGUGUCAACUCUACUAAUGUUUAGUAAGUAAACUAUAAUCAUCAGUACUUUUGGUCUGAUCUGUUAAAUUUGCAGGUGAUAUAACCAUAGCGACAAGAGACAAAGCAAGAUAAUUGUUAACUGGCUGUUCAAAUGUUUAUUGCUCAGUUACAUCUUAUUUUGCAGAUGUAGAUUACUUGACAAACAUUUUGUGUUGUAUAGAUCUAUAAACUAUAUGUACUUAAAACAGUCCGCAAUACCCCCCCCCCCCUUUCCAGGUCUUUUUUUCUACCUGCCCUGUUUUCUCAUAUUUGCCAUAUUUCACUGUAACUGGAAGAACAAACUUUUUUUUCCAAAAAUAAACUCUGUUUUACCUCAAUGCUGAAGAGCAUAUUUUAGUCAACUUUUUAUUAGGGUAGUAAAAAUGUGAACUGCAUUUUGACAUUCUGAUGAUGCGUGGAGACAGUUCUAUGACUUGAGGAAUGAAAUACAAACAAACAAAAUAAUUUUGUGUAACAAACUGUAAGAGGCUGCCAAUGUAGCUUACUAGUGAGUCAUUUUUAGACCACCUCUGGUCACCACGACAACCAAUCAAACACUAACAAGAGAUGAAACUGUUCCUUUUUAAAGCUUUUAUUAUAAUUUUAAAUCUAAGAUUUUAUAUACACUUCUUGAAAAGGAGAUACGGAGAUAUAUAUACACACUAAUUAUUUGUAUUGUAUUUUAUUGAAAUUAUCCUAUUUUCUUUCCGUUUUAUUUCCUGACAAUCUCCACUGCGGCAACUGUUUCUGCUACCACCCCCUCUUCUCUCUCUCUCCCCAUGCUUUUUCAGCACAUUUCAAAUUUGACUUCAUUUUUUAGAAGUCCUCGGUAGGAGAACUGCACAAAGUCGCAAUAUAGGUACAUUUUUAUUUUAGUUUUAUUUGUCGUCCCCCAGCAAUUAUAUUGUCCACCGAUCUUUUUUUUUUGUUGCAACUAUUUUGCAUUUUGUUGUUUGUAAAAUGCAGGAAUUUGUAAAUGAGAACAAAAAUCUAUUCUAAUUAAAAAUUAUUUGAUUUUUGCCGCAAAAAAUAUA